CCUUCAUAGUCUUUGCUCCUUCUCUCCCUGGCCCCUUUCUCCCCUUCUCUCUCCCUCCCUCCCUCUCUCCAAGCGUCCCUGCCCGGCCUCUUCUCUCUCCCUCCUCCCUUCCCAACUCCACUUCCCAUGCCCUAAAUUAACUAUUCCAAACUAUAUCCGUGGUAUGGCUGGUGCCUCACGGGGAAGAGAUGCCUAAGGAUGGGCCCGCUGAGGCACCCUUCCCACCUCACCAGCGCCUCUACCAAAACAUAUCCUGGCCUCUUUUUUUUUUUUUUAAAUAAAACAGAACAACCACUGCCUACAUUCUAAUACAAGGCAUUCUAAGCUGGUAUCUCUAGGACUUUUUUUUUUUUAAAAGCAAGGAAGGAAGCCCUUUCCGCCCAUUUUUUUGCGACACGGUCUCACGUAUCCCAAGCCUGCUUUGAAAACCAUAUUGAAGUUCUGAUCCAGCACCCGAAUGAAUGAUGUGAUUAACUGGAGUGCAAACACACAUUUAUUCCCAAGUCCUCACGCAGGCGAAGCAAGCAAGGCCACCCAUUGAACUACUUUUCCUCCUCCAGGAAACACUGGGAAAAGGCCGAAAGCCCUCCCCUUCCUGUCCCGGGGCGGAACUUAAGAACCCGGCGCCUGGGCCGGAACGCAGUGCUGCCACACCAGCCUUUUCCGGCUGUAACCGGAAGUUGCUCUAAUAGAGGUGGCUCCUUGUCAGGUGAUCAAGAUCCGGGUAGGAGGGUUCGGAGGUUCAAUCUUCCUGACUGACGCGUCUCUAAGACUGGCUUGUCCACUGUGGGACAGGGGAACGGACUGGUGGCGUCGCUGGCGCUCGCUCUACGGGGACAGGGCCUCAUAGCCAAGGAUGGCCUUGAACUCCUUACACUUCUGCUUCCAUCUCCCAAGUGCUGGAUUUACAGGAUUGUCUUGAGAAUCUUCGCUGAAAGCUUUUCUGGCAAGCAGCUAUGGCAAGUAAAGGGCCCUCGGCCUCUGCAUCCACUGAGAAUUCCAGUGCAGGGGGGCCCAGUGGCAGCAGCAAUGGCACUGGUGAGAGUGGAGGGCAGGACAGCACCUUCGAAUGCAACAUAUGUCUGGACACAGCCAAGGACGCUGUCAUCAGCCUGUGUGGCCACCUUUUCUGUUGGCCGUGUUUACAUCAGUGGUUGGAGACUAGACCUAACAGACAAGUAUGUCCAGUUUGCAAAGCGGGAAUCAGCCGGGACAAGGUCAUCCCACUCUAUGGCAGAGGCAGCACUGGACAGCAGGAUCCCAGAGAGAAGACUCCUCCUCGUCCUCAAGGCCAGAGGCCAGAGCCAGAAAAUAGAGGGGGAUUUCAAGGAUUUGGAUUUGGAGAUGGUGGCUUUCAGAUGUCUUUUGGAAUUGGAGCAUUUCCAUUUGGGAUAUUUGCCACAGCAUUUAACAUAAAUGAUGGGCGACCUCCUCCAGCCGUCCCUGGGACACCCCAGUAUGUGGAUGAGCAGUUCCUGUCACGCCUCUUCCUGUUUGUUGCCCUGGUGAUCAUGUUCUGGCUCCUGAUCGCCUAAGACAGGACCCUGUUUACUUCUACAGCAGCACCUCUGGGCUGGUGAUAUGCCGAACCCACUCCUGUGUUUGAUUUGUUUAAUCCCGACCCUGGAAUCAAGGGGCAGAAACACAUCAAGGAGUCUUGCUUCUCCAUUAGAGCUUUGGGACUCGAAAGCAGUUGGCGAGGAACCCCCACUUUCACCACUGCUGCACACACACUAUAACCUCAGGUCUUGUGUUGACUCACUGCUCCUGGGUGGCAAUGGGAAGUCCUGACCCAGUCUGCUCAGUAGUCCCAGCUCUGCACAGGGGAGACGGGGGAAGAAAGAAACAGUUCUUUCUCGAGAACUUUAAAUUACAAAAAUGAAGGGAUGAACCACACGGUAUUCACAGACACUUUCAUCUUUUACAUACCCCUUGGUAAGUGGCCUCCACUCCCUAUCCUGAGAGACUCCCUUCCACAGCCCAGUACUGCUCCUCCCGCCUUCCCCUUCCACAGCAAAGACAAAGAGUUGCUGCCCAAGAAGGCCAUGAUCGUAGCAGCAGAAGUUGAAGAUGCUGCAUGACCUUACCAGGGACUCUGGUCCUGGCUUGGCCCUGGGCCUCGUUCAGUGUCUCGGCCCUAGAGCAGCUGGGAUGACCUGCUGUCUUCCUGGUGUAGAUUGUCCCUGAUGCCACUUGGCUCAGAUUCCCAUCCUCCUUCUCCCCUAGGCUGCUGUUGAAUUCAGACUGAUGCAGCUUCAGGGCUGAUGCAGGAGCAACAGGACAGGUAGCCCCGCCCCUAGGCUGGAGAAGCCCGAGUCAUCCUCUCCCAGAACUUGCCCAGAGAAACUGGAGGCCUUCUCAGGUCAGCCUAGCUACAUGUAACACCACCACCCUCAGAAGCCAUUGUCCUUUUUUAAAAGAGACUGGGACUCUGAUUCCAUCUGCUGUUGGUUUGGCUUCCUGGAUUUACCUGAAAACUCCUUGAAUGUGUGCUGAACCCAGGGACACAUGAGGCUCCUGAGCCAGCAACCCCUGGUGACAUGCAAUGCAAGGACUGCAGAGACACAGUGUGGUCGUCAUUCCUAUUCCCUCACAUUGAUUUGUUCUUGAACUUCCAAGCUGUUUCCUCUGAAUCUGAUUGUGGGAUUGUGGUGCCAGGCAGGAGAACAAUUCACUUGCUAAGACAGUUCUCACUCUGCCUGUCAGGCCUCAUCUUAGAAGUGUCACCUCAGCAGGGCAGCACGAUGAGCUUCUGCUGGACCCUUGUUCACUUCUCCGGCACCUACUGCCCCAGCAGUAACAGACGCGGGAGAAAGCCUGGCCUGCUGGGUUUUCAAGAUGUGACUCUGCAUAAUCUAUGGAGCCCUAGACCUUGAGGGUGUGAAAGAAUCCUCCUCCUCACUGCACAGUCCUCACCUGCCGAUGCCAGUGUUAGUGUUGAAAUGAGCACAGUAUGAAGUAUUGUGUAGGAGGGUGGUUUGGCAACUGUAGCUGGUAAGAAUAAGCCACCAACUUCAUGGUGUGCCUGACAGAUUUUAAAUAUUCUUUGUCGCUUGGAAAUCCUGUCAGAGGGCCCUGGAGUGUCUCUGUUCUAGAGAGAGUUGGUAGGAUCCUUCUGUGUAGUGUGGCCCUAAGUAGUAGAGGGAAAACGUAAGCCAAUGAACACAAAAGAGAGAAAAGUUGUGAGUAGUGGAGUAAACCAUUUGUAAGCUGGUGAAAUGGCCAACCCAGGCGUGCACCAGCAGUCAUCCCAAGGCAUGCAGUAGCACAGCUGUGGCGGCCUGUGCCCUUUGUGAGCAUUGCAGGGCUGUACAUCUGCCAGCAGCUGAGGCAAGAGAGCAGCUUGGAUGCCAUGGGCCGUUCCUCCACAGGCUCACCACUCACCUCAUGGCCCAGGCAGCUUUCCCUUCUGGGCUCUCUGUGUCCUCAGCUCCACCUUUCCGCCUCCCCCAUGGACAAGGACAGUCAGAAAAUGGGAACACAGAAGGCAGCAUACCUUGACCAGCCAUUGAUUUUCACUGUUGUGAAAGUGAUUUGAUUUAGAAUUAAAUGGUUUUACAUUA